UCCGUCAGAUAAUAUUGAAUUCAUUUUAUUUUGUUUUUUUAUAGACAUACAGAGGUGGUCAAAAGUAUUUACGCAACGUGCAUUUUUUUCAAUUAGUUGACAUGUAGUAUGUGCAUAUAUCGAGGGUACACUGUACCUAUAAGUACACAGCAACACUUAGUUGCAUUGCAUAAAUAAAUGUCUCAAGUGAGCGUGAUAUAAGAUCACCCAUUUAUGCUUUAAGCUAAGUCAGCAUCCCCACGCUGGCCGCUGGCCAUAUAUGCGCAUAAGCUCUCUCUCUCUCUCUCUUAUACAUAUAUAUAUAUACGCUGCUCUUCUGCCGCUGUCGACGGCGGCGCAGUCGCAGUAUUUAGGUAAGAUUAGACACUCUGUAGAGGUUAAGCGGGCAGAACCGUUUCUGCUACUCGAAGAGAUAAGAAGAAAUAAAAAGGUGGCCUGACGGCUGCACUCUACUGCAAGGAAAACACGUGUUCUCAAUUGGUGGCAAUUAUUGGUUUAUUACAGACAAUUGAAAAAAAAUCACGUUGCGUGUGGUGAAAAAGCGAUUUCACCAUUUACCGCGACGACCAACACUAUUUCAGAGACGCACUAAGAAUCCACAAGAAAUGUCGGAAAAAACAAGAAUUCUACAUUAUAACACGGACAGGAGGAGCAGGAACCAGGAUGUCCAGGAUACAGCGAUCAAGAUUACUCCGCGAAGCUCCAAGUAUAAAAACCAGCACAGGAAACGGGAGCAGCAAACCUCUCUCCUGGACUUUGUCAUCAAGCCGAGACCAAAAACACAAAGGCAAACUAAGGCACAUAAACUUGAAAAGACGCGUUUAACCAUAACAAGGGCUAGCUACAUAGUUUACAAACCCAAGGGCAAAACCCGCCUUGAUCCCAAGAAGAAGAUCACCAGGUUGAAGAGGUCCGUACGGGUAUAUCGCACUUCGAAGAAGGCGGAAAGAGAAGUCGCGGAGAAUGAUCUUGAAGGAGUCCCAGUAGUUGGUCUAGAUAUCAAUCCGACUGCUAUUCCGCUGGAGCAACAAGUUCAAAACCUAUCACUUAGUAAAACCCCUGCACUUAACGACCUUUCACAAGCAAAAACAGUUCAUGCCAUUCACUCACGGCGAUUUAGAAGCUAUUGUGACAACUGCACCCGCCCUCGUCUCAAGGAGUUGACCUCUCAGCUGCUAAGGGACCUGCAUCGCUUUCAGAAGCGCGCCUUUGCCAAAAACGAGAUUAAAGCGCGGGCACAUCCCCGCCUGGUUUUGGGUGUUCGGGAGGCUCUGGCUAGGCUAAGGAUAAACAAGGUAAAACUGUUGCUCCUGGCCACUGACUGCGAGAUCUGCCCCGGUGAAAGUGGUCUAGAUGCGACUAUAGAAGGCUUAAAAUUCCAAUGCCAGCAGCAAAAAGUGCCCUAUUGCUUUCCUCUGCUGAGAAGGGAACUUUCUUACGCCCUCCAAAAGCGAGCGCAGAUUUCUUGCGUUGCUAUCCUUGACUUUGACGGAGCGAAUGCAACUUACGCUGAUCUUCUUAACGAAAUAGAGGAUGCACGUGCGGAGUACAAACGCAGAACUGCUUCGUGAGGGUUUAUUUGGUGACAAAGAAAUAUAAAUAAAAGUGCCAGGAGGACGUGCUUGAAACAUCGAAAAAAACAUUAAAGAAAAGAAAGCUUUA